UUGUCCUAAGUACAGCUGGAAACUCCUCGUGGCAGAUGUUGCUAUGGGACACCAUGUUGGUCGUCGCUGCCUCCAGGCUUUUAUUCUGCUGCAUAUGUCACCGAGCUUAUACUUCUGAAACGAUUCUAACAGCAACAGAUGGCGUCGAUCGCGUGUUGACUAGUGCGUAUGAAUAUCUUUAUUCACAGCGCAGUGGCUCACCGACUGAAGGAGGAUCCUCUCGCCCAGUCACAGAACAGAAGGGCAGAGCAUCACAUCAUGUGUGGGCACCCAGGAGGGGCGGUGUUCUUCUUGACCAUCCUCACCACAGUCGUCCUCAUCUUCACCGUGUUGCUGGGGGUGGCGGCACUGCCCUCAGCCAACUUCAAUUUGGCGCCGGGUCUGUUCGAGCGAGGGAUCGCCAAUGUCUCCGACACCUACCACCUCGAUAUAUCACCUACGGAUGGAACAUUCGCCUUGUGGGGUAUACUCUUCCUGUGGCAGUUCUGCUGGCUAGCAUACUCUCUAACCGCAUUAUGUCGUAAAACAGGAGACGGACGCGUUUACGACAACCCAAUUCUACUUCCGCCCGCGUUUUACGUCUCGUUCAUCGUAAGCCUGUUUAUGACGAUUGGGUGGUUGUUCCUCUGGGAUCGGCUGUUCAUUGCUCUUUCACUGGUCGUAAUGUUAUUCGUCUCGGCAUUCCUUUACCUAUCCCUAGCUCUGUCCUACAGCGCAUUGGAACGUCACAUGCCGCUUCUCCACGUUCAAGGAAGGAGCCUCGACAUCUGGUCAAUCCGAAUCCUGGUACAAAAUGGUAUCGCCUUGUACGCCACCUGGACCACCAUCGAAUCCUUGUUGAUUCUGGCAGCCGUUAUGACGUAUACAUCUGUACCGCAAGUAUCUGAGGAAACGUCAUCAACUGUCAGUCUCUCCAUCCUUGCCGCCUUCAUGCUUGUCUAUGCUCUGACUGAUUUUUUUGCUUUCGACCGAUUCAGCAGAUUCACCGUUACACCCUACAUGGUGUUAGUUGUCGCCCUCUGUGGUAUGUUCGUUAACAAUGCUGACACGUACAAAAUGAACUCGAUCUUCAUCGUGGCGCUGUUGGCAACGUCGGCCGUCGUCGCCCUCACCAAGGUGUUCUUCAUUUGUCUCCGACAAAUAACCAAGCAAUCGGAUUCCGCCGAGACGACUGAAUUCCUGAGGGAGCUGGAUGAAUCAAGACAUCUUUUGAAAUGAGAGCGUGGAAACCAAAGAACUUCCCUCGAUAGUUCCAGCUUUAAUCAGUAUUCUAGUUAUAGCAAAGCGCGUCAGUUAAAUGCGGGAGGAAAGUCCCAAAUGGCGCAGGUCUCGAGACAUUUACAUCUUUGGUCAACCCUUUGAGCAAGGUCCUGGAGCUGACAAACCUGGAAAUACGAUCGGGGAGAACGUAGAUUAGAAGACGGGACCACCCGUGCCCCCACAUAGUACUGGAAGCGUGUAUUAGACUCCCGAUAGUACAGGUUGUUACACAUAUUUGAUGGUUCGGUGUAUGUAUCUUGUAACAAACCAGUAUCUUCUUUUCACAGAUAACAUUCAAGUGUGUGCGAGACGUUGUUGAGAGGAGCCUUUUAAGCACAUACAGUCACAUUAAUAACUGUUUAUGUUGUAUACGCUUUUCAUUGUUAGAUUGUACUCAUCGUGUGUUUAUUCAACUAGAUCAACAACUUUGUGUUUUGUACUAAUGGUGCUGGAUCAUUAUCUAGACUAACGCUUAGUCUCUGAAUAUAUAUAAUUAUAGUAAGAAACAAACCCAUUUAAAUUGAAAAGGAGCCCCAGGGAGA